UACGCUCGCCCCCAAACUUUAAUACGCUCUGUCAAUAUUUGAACUGCAUUUUACCGCUCCGCCGAUUUCACCAUUGCAAGCCGAGCCGGUGGCUGGGAAGGCAAGAAGUCGGCAUAGCUGUUUGACUUCGUAUACGGCUGUGUCACUUCGAGCCAGCUCAAUCCACCGGCUUUCUUCGAUAGAAGAGAAUUUGAAGAUGCGCGGAUGCUCCCGUAAGAUAGAGUGCGCCGGAUCGCUUCCUUAAGCCCGUAGCGAAUGCAGCGCCGGGAGAGGGCGUUUGACAGCUGUCAUUUUCGCGUUUUUCUUGCCUCACGGGCGAACGUGGGAGGGAAAAUCUUUAUUUAUAUCACACACGACGAUGUACCCGUAGAGUGCGACCGGCUGUGUACGUGAGUGACGAAACGAUACGAAAAACACGACGACAGAAUGGCGAACGAGGAGGUGUUAGGUCCACGAAAGACAAUGUUCGUACUAGUGAUUGUUGUGGGAUGUUUCGCAGUGCUGUGGCCCAGGAUACUGUCUCCGCUGAUCUUGGGCCACACGCAGGAGCAGUUAAAGCCGAACAAGUUCGACCGGGAGGCAGGAUGCUGUGACGUAAUAUUCGAGCCGCAUAUGGCCGUGCUGGAGCUUAUCAACGAGGUAUGCAGCUCCGUGAUAUCGAAGGAUGGGACGCUGUCCCCUCACGGUGCGGCCGAGUGCAGAAAGUUCGUUAACGAAACGUGCGGUGUUGACAUCGUGGCGUUCUUGAAACGCACAGAGAACGUCGGGAAAACGACGAAAAUGCUACUGGAAACGAUGAAGAGCAGUAACAGUUCGUGUCUUAAAGAGCAUUUCGGAGUACCGGUGUGGAGUGUCAGCACCCACACGGCGUUGAACACGUGGACCCUACAAGACACAUUAAAACAAGAGCGGUCACCCAUUCGAGGGGCUGCCCCUCAUCCAGCCCUCCGCGAGAGGGGGCGAGCGAUCCCCGCCGGAGUGCCGACGCCCCCGUCGAGGGGCCCCGCGCCGCUGCCGCCCCACGUCAGGGUACGAUCCUCACCCCUAUCGGUGUACUUUGAGCUGGAUAUCAAGCCUCCGCCCAUACCUGGCAUGCGCCCGCCGCUGGGCUCCCCCGGCGGACCCGUGCCGGCGCCCAAGUCCUCAAUGGGCUUCGUGAUGCCGAUUUACACCAUCUGCAUAAUCGUCUUCUUCGUGUACACACUUAGCAAGAUCUUGUUCAAGCGUACAGCCACGGUGCCGUAUGACUCCGUCUCGCCCGACCCGCAGUUCCGGCGGCGGGUCUUCCGCGAUGACUCCAGAUCCUCGCCUGAUAAGCUAGGCCCUAAAGAGAGAGACACAAGGGACAUCGAGUUGGAAGCGUUGAGAGCGCGCUUGGCAGAGACCGAGCGAGCAAUGCAAAGGAUCGUCGGUCAGCUGGCGCAGCGUGACGCGGAAGUGCAGGAUAAUCAUGCUCGCCCAUAUACUAACGGAACGAUAUUACACAAUAGUGGACCAGUUCAUAUUGUAGCUAGUGAAUAUAGAGAGGCAUCCAAAGAAAAGAGUCCUGAAACACAAAAGCAGAGAGAACCUUCAUCAGAACCCAAAGAAUCUACACCAGAACCAAAAGAAUCCACGACAGAGUCAAACAAAGAAGUAUUACAGAAACUAGAAAAUAAUUCAGAAGAGGAAGAACUAAGUGUCAAAACGAAAGUAGACACAGAGCUUAUUAAACUAACAGAAAAUAUAGUUGACAAAGCAGUAGAUUCAGUAAAGAAAGCUACCGAAGAGUUCUUGGAAAAUGCAAAAGUGAAUAAUGUUUCGGCUGCCCCCGAAGAGAAACAAGAGAAGCUUUCAACCCCCGAACUUCUUGAGGAAGCUCUUAAAGAAGAUUCUCCGGUAAAGAAUCUUGAGGAAGAAGAAGAAGUUGAAGAGGAAGAGGUGGAGGAAGAAGAAGAAGAAGAGGCGGAGGAUGAUGUCGAGCCGGAAAAUGCAAGUGUCAAGGUGGUAGGCAUGGAGUUAACCGCGCAUGCGGCGGACGGCAGCGCAUGGCCGCAAUCGACGCUUGCGCAGGCGCCGCCCCCGCCUCCCGCCGCCGCGCGACCCACGCACGAGGCUGAUGAGGUGAAGUCGAUAUUCCUGGAGACGGAGAUUCCUCAGCAGUCGCGCGUGCUUGUCGCUGACUUCGCGGAAAAGACGGCAGACAGGACCCCACCUACCAGGCAUUCGCCGUUGGUUGUUAGCGGUAAAAUGACGUUGUCACUCAUACAGGACGCACCUAGAGACACGCCGGAAAGGGACCCAGAAUCGACACUGGACGACUUUACAACAGCGAGUGCGGUGACCCAGCCCGCCGUUGAGAAAGAAGAAAUGUCCGAUGAAGAAGUGGAAGAAGAAGAGAUAGAAAUAGAGGAAGAAGUUGAAGAAGAAGAGGAAGAGGAGGAGGCGCCGAAAGCAGUACCAAAGAAGGAAUGAACUGAUAAUUGUACGGGACACUGAUGUGGGAUUUGGUGACCGAAUGAAAAAAAACGUAGGUACAGUCAGCAUAAAAAAUUAAUGAACACAUUAUGAUUUUUAAAUGCAAAUUUUGAAAAUUUUUAUAGGAGUAAGGAUAGUUUUUCCCUUUUGGAUAUUUUAGGGUUUUUAUUUCAACGGUCAAGUUGGUGUUACAAGCGUUCGAUGAAUGUUGAUAACUUACCAUCGGACUGGCCGUAUGCUUGUGACUGUAUCUAUAAAAAAAAUGUGUAGACACAUAAAACGCUCAAUCCCAUAUCAGUGAUGUAAUGUAAUAUAUAUAUAUUUUCCUAUGUAAUAAAAUUUAUUUUUACUGUUACAUUCAUUUGCUUUUCUAUGUAUUAAUUUUUUUUUUCUUUUUUUUUUUUUUGUAUAUGUUUAUGUCUUCGCUCUCUUGUUGUUCUGCUGCUGUAUUUUUAGAUUUAAUUUUAAUGUAUUUUGUGCAUAUGUUAAGUUUUAUUUAAAAAUAUUGAUUUUAGUAGAUUUAAUUCUAAUUUUGUUGUCGACCAUAAUUACUAAUUAGGCCAUAUAUAAAUGGCCAAUAUUUGCUUUUUAUGUCCCAUUACCGACUAUUACUACGAGUGUGACGGUGGCGCCCUCUCAUGACAGGAGUUAUUUAAUUUCGUAAUUAUCGUUGCGAGUAAUUACUGAGUGUCUGUCGUCUUGUAUAUGUUUCUAUAAAUAUUGAAACAUGUUUUUUAUUGACAUUACGUAUGGAAAAUUGUGAAAUAUAAAUAAAUAAAAAAAAAUGUUUGUUAAUUUUCCAUUUCUAAAUAUAUACUAGGUAUAUAUAUGUAUCUAGAGAUUUUGAGGUGUAAAUUUUUUUAACACAUUCGGUAAUAUUGCAUCUAAUAUAAUGGUGUAUUUACAUUAGCGCGAUUGAACGACUGAUUGGUUCCAUUAUAUCGAUUGGUAAACUGUUUAACCUCUGUUCAAUAAAUAAGAUUUUUGUUUACUGACCUCAUAUUAUUAUAUUAAAGAUUUUUUUUAGAUUUUUAAUUUAGAAUUUUAAUCGAUUUUAAAAAAAAUAGGAGAUUUUAAAUUAUAGUGUAUUUCUUUUUUCUAAUAUUAAGUUUUACCAUCGCUGAGUCAAUGUUUUUAUAAAUAUUGGUAUAUAGAAACAAUUUUUACCAAUUCUAAAAUUAAAAUAUAAUUAUUACUAUAUGUGAUUAAAUCUUGCAUAAUGUCAUUUAUACUGUAAAUUUAAUUAAGUUUGACUUUGCCUAAAAAAUGGAUUUUGGUAAUGGCUUGACUGUCAUUUCGAUAUUUUUUACGGAAAAUUUGUACAUUGACAAUACAUCCUAAAAAAUUUUAAUUAAUAUACAUUUUUGUAUAAAGUAAUUGCGCCCGUGCGAAGUCAGUUCGUAUUGUAAGUAGUCCAAUCGACUUAUCGAAGUCGAUCGAUUGGUCGCCCUAGUGUGAAUGCCCCUUAAUAGAUUAAGAUCAUAAAACGAUUUAGUAGUUUGUGUGGAAAUAUGAAUUUACAGUGUUCAAUGUUUUGUGCCAAACUUACUACCGGCUCAUAUAUUUAUUUAUUUAUUUAUAAUUAUUAUUAUUAUAUUAACAAAGUCAUUAGUCAUAAACCAAUUGGGAAAAUUGUUUUUACCUGAAAGGAUAUACUUACAGAUUGUGUUACAUAGAAAUUUUAUCAAAAACGGUUUAGUAGUUUAAUUUUUAAAUAAAAAUAACUGAUUUCGCCACAAAUGGAGUCGAUUUUGUGGAACACAAUAUUAUAAAAAAAAAAAUAUUAAUUUUCAAUCAUAAUUACUAUGUAUUUCAUGUUUUAUUUUAUUCCAUUUACCCUAUUUGUGUCUUCCAAUUCGUCCAUUCAACCCUAAGUCUGCAAUUUAGCCAAAUUUUGUUUUGUAUUGUGUAAUUUUUAUAGGUAAAUCUAACGCCGUUUUAUCAGAAUACCAUUUUCUUUUGAAAUUGGGUAUAAUUAGGGUGUUAGCACUGAAGUGAGGUUAAGAUUGCGUUUUUGCAUUUAAGAGUAUUGUACACAGCAGAAACUUAACAGCGCUCAUUGAAUUGUUCAAUUGAAUAUUUAUUGUAAGUUUUAUGUUGAAAACAACAAUUAUUUUCAUUAAAUUUUUUUUUGGAUUAUUCCUAUUUUCCCUUUUUGGUAUUAGAAAUAAGAUAAUUAAAAAAGAAGUGUGUGAUACUGCAAUAUAGCUCUGAAACAAUUUUGUCAGUUUAUGUUUUUGUUGUCUAGUCAUAUCGAAAAAAAAAUUUAAUUUCUUUCAAAUUUACAGAUAAAGAGUAUAAAUUCUGAACUGUCGUUCUCUAAAAUCCAUUUUAGGAAAUGAUGUUUUAGAAUUGUAAAGAGUUAACGGGGAACUUUUAAUUAUAAAUUAUAAUUAAUGUUUUUUAAUAGAAAUGAGAAUUGGAAAAUAUAUUUGAAAUACACAUUUUAAGCGCUUUAUAUAUUUGCUGCAGAAUUAGAUAAUUUAUUUCUCUUUGGUCGUUUUUGAAUGACAAAGAUAUCUAUUUAAUAGUGAAAAUAGAUAAAUUGAUGCUUGUUUGAAGAAGUAAUAUAUAAUUUUUGUGAAGUCAGAAACUCGAGAUGUUACAUUUGUUUUUGAUUCUAUGUCUACGGCCAAUCGCUGAUAGCUUACUAGCCAAAGCCUUAAUAAAUUUAUUGUCUAUGGGCAAUUGAUGUCUCUAUCUUUGAAUUAUGUUCAAUUUUACCUUAACAAGUAGUAUUCCUAGAAGAUUCUAAUCAGCAAACUUAACGCUUCUCCUUUAGUAAUGCUUGUACAUUCCCAUUCUCAUUUUUUAUUAAAUUAUUUAUUUCUGUUAUAUACUUAAUUUAAUUAUAAGGGAAAUACGAAUUUAACAUUUAAUUGUAGCAUUUUUUGUUUUAGAUUGCUUAAUCUCUGUUUUAUAGUUGUAAGAAAUAAAAAUUAACACAAA